AGAAGAGGAUCAGCUAAAUGUUUCAAGUAAGUCAACUGUAGUAAGAGAAGUGUGAAGUCAGUUUUGCAUUGCUUAUCUUGUCACCGAAACCAUUAGACACUAUGUUGCACAGCCCACCCUGUGUUUGCUGAAUCAUAGGUGCUACCCAAGGUGACCACCUACCAAAUGCAAUAACACUCUCAAAGAUGUCAUAUUGCAACAUUUGCACCAUUUGGUGACCAAUGUUACUGCACUGAACAAAGUGUUCCAACAGCAUACCAUAAUUACACUGAUGUUUAGUGGGCUACUUGUUACACAAAAGAAGCUGUCUUCACAACAUCUGUUCCCUCCUGUAUGAGUGCAACAGCAUGCACAUUUCACCGAUGAUGGCCAGAGAAAUGAGAAAAUGACUCAUCAUCUUAUCUCUGAUGAUUGUCUGUAGCAGUGCAGUUUGCUCUGUGGCUUGAAUGUGUUAGGUCAUUUGUCUUUGUAUGUAUUAAGUUUCUAUAACACAAGUGUGUCAUGUACUCCUUAACUGUGUCUUCUAUGAUCCACUAUCACUAUGUUUUGGAGUUCCACAAAGCCAAACAUUUUGCAAAGUGUCAAGUGCUAUCUCUAUUUUCGUAAUCCAGGUACUGGAUUAAUAAUUGCAGGUGCCUCAGGGUGUGUGAUGGAAUUAUCAACCAAUUUUAUUAUUACACUGUCACAUCUUUAUGAUGAAACAUCAUUCACACCAAGUAUGGGAAGAAUUUGGUCCAACAUUCAUGCCAGAGAAUCUCUUUGCCUCAACUGUAGUUCAGUUUCACUAGAAUAUCAAACUGUUUUGGAAUACCUCACAAAAUUUAAUUUAGUAAUAUUACUGAAUGAAGUCCAUUUAAAUGAUAAACAAUGACAUAACUAAGAUUUUUCCUGAACAAUAUAAUUCGCUGGUGUAUGUUU